AUGGCUGAUGUCAAGGCCCCCGUUGAGUCCCAGCACUAUGAGCCCAUCCAGGCCGACGUCUUGGCCGCCGAGGCGCGCAACGCCGCCAACGCUGAGCAUGAGAUGGGCAUCUGGCAAGCUAUCAAGACUUAUCCCAAAGCUAUAGGCUGGUCAGCUCUCCUUAGCAGCACCCUCAUCAUGGAGGGCUACGACCUCGCCCUCCUAGGUAAUCUGUAUGCUUCCCCUGUCUUCAAUGAGAAGUACGGCACCUGGAGCGAGGCGGGACGGAAGUACCAGAUUUCUGCCGCCUGGCAGUCUGGUCUCUCCAAUGGUGCUCGUGCCGGUGAGAUCAUCGGUCUCAUUGUUGCCGGUUGGAUCACGGACCGAUAUGGUGCCAAGAUGACGACGAUUGGUUUCCUCGGCAUGAUGAUCGGCACUGUAUUCGCCCUAUUCUUCGCGCCCAAUAUCCGCGUCCUCGUUGCUGGCGAGGUUCUUUGCGGCAUUCCUUGGGGUGCUUUCCAGAGUGUCGCUGCUCAGUAUGCCUCCGAAGUAGCGCCUGUUAUCCUCCGACCCUACCUCACCACGUAUAUCAACAUGUGCUGGGUCAUCGGGCAAUUCUUCUCCGCGGCAGUCAACAAGGGCUCCGUAAAGUACACGGAUUCGCGGGCCUACCAGAUUCCGUUUGGUAUUCAGUGGCUGUGGCCCGUCCUCAUUCUUUGCGGUCUCGUGUUUGCACCGGAAUCUCCGUGGUGGUUUGUCCGCAAGGGGCGUCGCGAGGAUGCCCGCCAAUCCCUGGCCCGUCUCACCAACAGUAGCCAGCCCAACUUCAACGCAGAUGAGACGAUUGCCAUGAUUGAGCACACAAACGAGAUGGAGAAGCAGGCCAAGGAGGGAACAACGUACAUGGACCUUUUCCAGGGCGUCGACCUUCGCCGCACCGAGAUUGUCGUUGGCAUCUGGACCGUCCAGACCCUGGGCGGCCAGAACCUCAUGGGUUACUUCUCCUACUUCCUCGUGCAGGCCGGCAUGGAUGCCAGCAACUCGUUCUCCCUAUCGAUGGCCAACUCGGCUCUCGGAAUGGUCGGUACGGCGGGAUCGUGGUUCCUCAUGUCCCGCUUUGGCCGUCGCAACAUCCACUUCGGCGGGCUGUGCUGCCAGUUACUCCUCCUCAUCAUCACUGGCUGCUUGUCAUUCUCCAACAGCAAUUCUUCUGUCUGGGCCAUUGGCUCCAUGCUCAUCGUCUUCACAUUUGUAUAUGACUUUGCUGUCGGGCCCGUGACCUACUCUCUGGUCUCCGAGCUCUCGUCGACGCGUCUCAAGGCCAAGACCAUUGUCCUGGCCCGCGCCGCCUACAACGCCAGCAACAUCUUUGUCAAUGUCAUGACCAAUUAUCAGCUUUCAUCAACUGCGUGGAACUGGGGUGCGCGGACCGCCUUCUUCUGGGCUGGGUCCUGUUUCCUAUCCUGCGUCUGGGUUUACUUCCGUCUUCCUGAGCCCAAGGGCCGUACAUAUGCAGAACUCGACAUGCUCUUUGAGCAGCGCGUCUCUGCCAGGAAGUUUGCUGAGACAAAGGUUGACCCGUUCACAGCCCAUGCCACUGGAGGAUCCAAGGUGACGGAGCUGAAGGAUGUCGAUAAGAUCUAA